AUGCUACAUAUUGCCACACAGAUUGCGUCAGGAAUGGUUUAUCUGGCAUCUCAACAUUUUGUACAUCGAGACCUGGCUACCAGGAACUGCUUAGUGGGAGCAAACCUGCUAGUUAAAAUUGGAGACUUUGGCAUGUCCAGAGAUGUCUACAGUACAGACUACUACAGGGUAAGGACACUUCUGGCAUCUGUUGUUAGGAUUAUAUCUCAUGUUUACUCAACAAAGAAGUACAACUUAGUACAAACAUCGGAAAACAUGACAGACCGGGUUGAUUGA